GAGAAGGCCUAGGAUCUAGUGAAGUCCAAGAUGGCUGCCCAUAAAGAAGAUCUUGUUAGCACUCUUGAAUCUUCGCUUCAGGCUUGUGUAUCACUUCUUCUUGUCACCGACAACGUCGAGAAGGAAGGAGAGAAGACCAAUAUCAACAAAAGCGGCAUUGAAGCUAGCAUUACAAAGUUCCUUGAUGCUGCAAAAGCUGUGGAAGCUGAUUUUCUUAGGAAGCAAAUGUACAGCCGUGUACAUCAUCCCAGAGAAGUCACACAAGAUGAAGUAGACAAAAUGAGAGCUGAGUUAGCACAAAAAGAGGAACUGCUGACAAGAACAAAAGAAAAAGUUGCUUCAUGGGCAAAUGUUCUCCAAGAUCUUGAAACGAAACAGACACGACUUCAGUUGGUGGACAUAAUACCACAAAGAACUGUAUCAGUAGAUCCAUACUCUUUUGAUACAUCAAGGAAAUAGUUUGUGUAAAAUUGUAAAUUUGGGUAGCUGUGGUAAUGGAUAUUAAAUGUACAGAAUUUAGUAA